CUAACAAGACAGACCAUUAACCCAUCAGCGGUCACAGACUGAAAGAGGGAAGGAGUGAUGAAGACCAGUUAUUUAAUUCUCAUAUUUAUAUGCAUCCCUGCAACCCUGAGAACCAAUGACAAUCUUCCAAACUGUAAAGAUGCUCUCCGAGAUUGUGUUAACCAAGUGGUAUGGACCAGGUGUUAUGAGGAUAGAAUUACAAUAUGCAUUCCAAGGGCCAGAAUGCCCAUCCCAAACUUCUACAGAUGGUCUGUCAACUCAUCCAAUAAGGCAGAAGAAAGCACGAAUUCUGGACACAGAGUGCACAUUCCUGCACAUGCCCUCCAGAGAAGCAAGAGGAACGACUCUAAUAGCACUGGCUAUGUGCACAUUACAAUGGCUGUACUCAACAGCUCUCUAUUCAAGCUUGGUCCAGUUCGAGGCAAUAGAUCAGGGGAAGUCCUGGGGCAGUCUGUGCUGGCUGUGAGGGUGGGGGACCACGAUGUGAGGGACCUUGACCAGCCUGUCAGAAUCGCCUUCAGAAACACAAAUGUGACUGAGAGAGGGACUUGUGUUUUCUGGAAGGACUCGGAAAAUAAGAAUGGCGAAGGGGACUGGAGCUCAGAGGGUUGUAUUACCGCUCUCAUUCACGGAGAGUUUGUGUGCAGCUGUAACCAUCUCAGCUUCUUUGCAGUGCUCGUGAACUCACAGUUGUCGUUAGACCCUGUGAAUGCCGCCAACCUCGGCUACAUCUCCUACAUUGGUUCAUCAUUCUCUGUGGUUUUCACCACAGUAACCCUUGUCAUGUACACUUGUCUUAGGAKGGGGCAUUUUGAACAGUCAAUAUCUAUUCAUGUGCAGCUGACAGGAGCGCUCCUGUUUCUGCACCUCUCCUACCUCUUGAGCGAGUGGUGGGUGUGGCAUAAGGCUGAUGGGGCUGAGGGACAUGUCUGUCUGGCCUUUGGGUUGAUACUGCACUGGGCUCUCCUGUCCACCUUCACCUGGUUGGCCAUUGAAGGCUUCCAUCUCUACAUGCUGUUAGUCCGCGUCUUCAACAUCUAUGUCAGGAAAUACCUGCUCAAACUGAGCCUGGUUGGAUGGGGCAUACCCACUGCAACUGUGAUGGCCUGUUGUUUCUCAGGAGUCUACGGCAUACAUAGCUUCUACAUGACGGGGGCCAAUAAUGGCUCAUCAACAGACAUAUGUUGGAUAAGCAGUGCUACAGACAGCUCUGGAGUGGUGGUCAGCUACAUCACAGUGAGUGGAUACCUGGGCCUGGUCUUCCUCUUCAACACAGCCAUUCUAGGUGUGGUGGUGGUGAAGCUGUGGGGGCAGAGAGGGAAGGGUAGGAUGUGGAAGGACUGGGCCACGGUCCUGGGGCUAAGCUGUGUGCUAGGAGUACCAUGGGGGUUGGCAUUCUGCACCUACGGCCCCCUUUCUCUCCCUGGACUGUACCUCUUCAGUAUAUUCAACUGCUUCCAGGGUGUCUUCUUGUUCCUGUGGUUUCUUGCCCUUUCACGUAAGGGCCGCCCAGAGCACUCCUCUGUGAAAGACUCUUCCAGUCAAAAGAUGAUGGAGACAAACUUCAACUGAUACUGUGGGACUUCCAGCAUACCUUUUAAUAGUGUUUGCAGACCAAGUCCUGAGUAUAAAACAGGGGGGAAAGUAUAAUUAAUUUCUUCCUGGUACAGACCUCUAAUACCYAAAAUAAAUGUAUGGGCCUAAAUAUAGAAUUGCAUAUAAAAUCCCUAUCAAUUCAAUAGCAUUUCUCUGGGCCUAGUGGUAAAGAUUUGACAUGUAACUUUUAAAAUGUAUGACCUUUUAUUAUGGCAUAACCAAAACCAGUCAUGAUGUUAUCAUCAGCUUGUCAAACAAGGGCUCCUUUACUAGGCUACCCGAGCACGUUUAUCCACUCACAACAUAUUUCCAGCCCCCAAACAAUGGUGAAUGGAAAGAGGCAGCUGUUACACAAAA